AUGGAACUGAAGACUGAAGAAGAAGACGCUGGGAAUAGCUCAGCAACUUCAAGUUUCAUGAAAGGUCACGAAUGGGGCCUUAACCCGUACAUACAGAAGGUACUGUAUAAAACAGUAAUUGAAAAAAUUGUUACAUACGGGGCGGCAGUUUGGUCAUUACCUAUGCAAGGUCGCAAGAUAAAACAUCUCUUAAGCAUACAACGACCGUUCUUACUGAAUAUUACCAAGGCAUUUCGUACUUCCCCAACUAAAGCACUAUGUGUAUUGACCGGUCUGCCACCGUUGCAUCUUAGUGUGGAAAAAGAAGCGACUUAUCAAACAGUCGCCCAAUUAGGCCAACCAGCAACCCUCCAUGAGGAUAAUUAUUUCCCAGCGGAAUAUGAGAAGAAGUUGAUACGGCUAUGUGAUCAUCCAGCGAAACAGGGAAAAGGGGUGAACAUUAAUCUCAAGCAAAAUACCAACAUAACGGAUGCUGAUUUAGUAUAUUAUACAGAUGGCUCCCAAAUAGAUGAUAACACAGGCUGUGCCUACAUAGCCCUGCGAAACCUGGACACGCUAACACUUUGGAAAGGUCACCUGGACACCAAUAAUAGUGUGUUCCAGAGUGAGGUGUUAGCAAUUGACCGGGCACUAACCCACAUCAUACAGGAGCAACAUAAUGGAAGCUUCAUAUUGACAGAUAGCUUAUCGUCUCUGCAUGCACUUUUAAAUCCAGUGCACUGUUCCCCGCUCAUAGCAGACAUCCAGUCGAAAUUACAUGACAACAGUCAUUUAAACGUAAAGCUGCAAUGGAUAAAGGCCCAUGCUGGCCAAACAGGAAACGAGCUGGCGGAUCAGCUAGCCAAAGAAGCGGCGCAAACAUAA